AAAGAGCAAUGAGCAACAGCGGGGCGAGAGAGGGGCCAGCCAGGCAAGGGGCCGCAGCUCCCAAGCAACCUGUUCCCGCCGAGCCAGUGAGGAGGGGCCGCGGACGGCCAAAGAAGCAGCCUCAAGAACCUGUUGGCCCUCCCACGCCCAAGCGGCCUCGAGGAAGACCGAUAGGCAGUAAGAACAAGGAACCUCGAGCCGUGCAAAAGAGAGUGGAGCCACCAAGAGUCAAGCGGCCCAGGGGAAGACCAAGGAAAUGGCCUCAGCGGACACAACAGGAGGAGCAGGAAGGAACUCAGAGGGAAGAGGCUGGAGAGGGAGCAGAGGAACCAUCAACCUCAGGAGGCAACUGACCACCUCACAGUAAUAUUCUACCUCAUUGGCUGGGCAACCGUUGCCUAGCAAGCCAUGAAGAUUGCAACGACAAGAAAUCUUUUUUUUUUCUCUUUUUCUGUUUUGUUUUAAUUAUCAAUCUCCUUCUGCCACAACUGUGCCACUGCCAAUUUGGACAGCCGACUUCAGAAACCGGUCUGAAGCCUUUCUCGCUUGUCAUUUUGGUCACAAGGGAACGGUCUUAAUGUGUUCCUAUUCUUAAGAAUAUUAAUAAGCAACAGUUUACAAAUUCAGUCACGUGGGCACAGGGUUUUUUUUAAUCUCUCUCUCUCUUUAAGAAAUAUAUUUAAAAUGGUUACUGGACAACCUAAUUUAGCUGUGUUGACAGGUGUCAUUGCCAUAUCUAUCUCUUUGGUGGCUUUUUCUUCCCGGUUUAGUUUAAGGGGGGGCACGGUGGUGAGCAGCAACAAAUAAUGCCCAGGGAUCUCAGGUUUAAAUUACACGCUGCUUUUCAGGAAAGUAAAACACAAGAUGCCUGUACUUCUAUCAGGUUGCCUCUCAACCUCUGACGUUCCAGAGAAAACAGUCCAUGUUUGUCCAACCUAUUCAUUAAUUAGGGGCAGCACAGUGGCACAGCAGUAGAGCUGCUGCCUCACAGCCCCUGAGACCCGGGUUCGAUCCUGACCUCGGGUGCUGUCUGUGCGUGUGUGGAGUUUGCACGUUCUCUCCCUGUGAUCUUGUGGGUUUCCUCCGGGUGCUCUGGAUUCCUCCUACGUCCUACAAAGACGUGCGGGUUUGUAGGUUAAAUUGGCCCUCUGUAAAAAGCGAUCCUUAGUGUGUAGGGAGUGGAGGGGACAGUGAGAAUAACAUACAACUAGUGUGAACGGGUGAUCGAUGAUCGGUGUGGACAGUGUGGGCUGAAGGGCCUGCAUUCAUGCCGCAUCUCUCAACAAAAUAAACAAAAGUUCGCCACACAGAGCAGACAAUUGGAAGGGUUUACAAAUAUCCUGUUCAGGCUCCAGUUCUCCAUGUUCUAACACAAUAAGGAGGGCUUGAAGCUGGUAGAAGGGAAACUGGCAAAAUCCCCAGCCACAUUUGACAAGGGUAGGUUUGGGUGCAGGUGAAAAUAGGCCUUAGUUUUGAAUCUAAGUCAUAACCCAAUCUUGCCAGCAUUGCAGAUCUUUCACCCAAAUUAAACCAAGACCCUUCUGUCCCGGUGAUGGUGGUGGAAGUUCAGGUUUUAUUCUCCAGUGUGGAGUUGUGCACAUUCACCCUGUGUCGUGUGGGUUUCUUCUGGAUGCUCUGGUUUCCUGCUACGUCCUACAAAGACGUGCGGGUUUGUAGGUAAAUUGGCCUCUGUAAAUUGUCCCCAAGUGCGUGGGGAGCGGAUGAGAAAAUGGGAUAACAUGGAACUAGUGUGAACGGAUGAUCGAUGCAUGGACUUGGUAGGCCGAAGAGCCUGUUUCCACGUUACAUCUGUAAGCUAAACAAAAUUAAACUAAAAAGAAACAGUGGCUAAAUUGGGAUUCUAACUCAGUGAGAUGACCAGUGCCAGAGAGCCGGGUUCGAUCCUGACUGUAGGUGCUGUCUGCACGGAGUUUGUACAUUCUCCCCGUGAUCUCCGUGGGUUUUAUCCAGGAUCUCUGGUUUCUCCCCAUGCUGCAAAGAUGUGCAAGUUUGUAGGCUAAUUGGCUUGGUAAAAAUUGUAAAUUGUCCCUAGUGUGUGCAGGAUAGUGUUAAUGUACGGGGAUCGCUGGUCAGCGCAGUCUCGAUGGGCCGAAGGGCCUGUUUCAGCGCUGUAUAUCUAAACUAAACUAAACCAUUGAAAGAUUUAUCUAAGAUGGAUAUAUGACUAAGUUACCAAUGUUUCACAUGGGAAUGACACCUGGCAAAGCAGCUAAGGAAUAUUGGGCUGUAACUUGUUAAGAACUUUGCUUUUUUUUUCCUUCAGAGCUUUUUAAGAGACUAGCUGGCCCUUUGCCCCUCGUGCCUUGCUUUCGGGGGAAAAGGGCGCUCUGGUAUAUAUUUUUUGUUUGUUUGUUACUGUUUCGCUUUGACCGGUUGUGUGUUUGGCUGCCCUGCGUGUGCGUGCGCUCAGUCCAAACCCCGACUGGUUUUCUUGACCAUAAACUCUGUUGGCAUGGCGCCCGGGUCCGGGCAGGAGAUGGGUCCCCAGCAGGGAACCUCCCAUUAGUUCCACGUGACCGGUUAACAGAAUCCGCUAACGUCAUGUCAUAUCUUCAGUCUGGUUUACUUGAAAAUUUUGGCAGGAGAAAAAUAUUGCCCUCCCCCCCAAACCCCAAUUUACUAAUUCCCCUUCCUAAGGGGGCACCAAACACAGGCCACCUUAGCCUUGCUAGUUGAGUAAUUUCCUAGUUUCCCUCCUUAGUUCAUACGUUCAUAUGUUCUAGGAGCAGAAUAAGGCCAUUCGGCUCAUCAAGUCUACUCCACCAUUCAGUCAUGGCUGAUCAAUCUUUUCCUCUCAACCCCAUUUACCUGCCUUCUCCUGAUCACCCCCGACACCUGUACUAAUCAAGAAAUGGGAGGGAUAUUAGAAAAUUCUGGUGGGGAGGGCAAUAUUAUUUUCCUCCAAAAUAGUGGGAUGGAGUGACAAAUUGCUCAGCGUUUGAGGAGGUGGGCAUUUUCUGUUGCCAUGACAACGAGUACCAAUGGCUCUCAUUAUCAGAGUAGGCCUGGUAUAUUACCACGCUAAGGCGGUCACUUGGAACCAAUGAGAGAUGGCGUUGCUGAAUUGUCCUACUUUGCCUCUCGUUGGCAGCUCCUCAACCACUCGUUCGAGGGCAUCGGCAAGGACUGGGGUCCCAAAGUCUAGGUGUGGAUUAGCAGUUGUGGUAGGCCUGUGCCACACUCAACAGUGACUUCCAUAGCCUGGUGCCCACUGCUAGUUCCUACCAUGCCACAGACUGUUUUAAAGCUGAUGUAUUUUGAAGUAAGGAUUUGUCAUUUUAUGUGCCAGCGUGUCUGUGCUUAAGUGUAGGAUAAUUUGCUAAAAAGCAACUAGUGAAUAAGCCUCCUCUUUCUAAACAGAAUAUUAUAGCCACACAAAUUAGCUACUGUUUACUCUCAGCAAUCCCAGAAAAGUAUGUUUGGGAAGCCAAAGAUUGGGAUUGAAAUGAGGAUAGUUGAUAGAUGUGUCAUUAACUUUGUGUAUAUAAAUGGUCAAACUUUGGAAAUGUUAAUACCACAGCUUACUGCAGUUUACCACUGAGGCCUUCUAGCUUCAAAGAGAGCUAAGAUUCAGCAGAGGAAAGGGGGCAAUUGAAUAAUUUGAGAGCCACUGAUGAAUUGUGCAAUGCUAAUGCUGGUUUGAAGGCUCCCUCGACCACAGACGAACCUCAGUUUGCAGACGGUGAGCCUGGUGUUGGUAUGCUUCAACUUGAGGGAGAGCGGGGGAGGAGGGUGGAAUGCCGGAAACAGUUUCAAUUUUGUACUAAGAGAGGACAGAGGGAUCCCCAUCAAGAGGCUGUCUGCCAGGGUCAAUUGGAAGAAAGUGGUGGCUCCUUGGAGCAGCUACAAAAAUUGGUGCUAGCUGACUGAUGUGGCUUACAACCAUUGUCCUUGCAGGGUUAAUGCUGAUGACAACAUUGAGAGAUACCAGGGCUUCUACAUACCAGGGAAAAGUCACCCAUUUAUGUUCUCCCGCCGAGUUACUCCACCAUUUUGUGUCUGUAUUCAGUUUAAAUCAGUUCUUUCCUACAGAAAAAAAAACAAAUUAGAAGUUAAUUUGAUCAGGGCAGCACAGUGGUGCAGCGGUAAAUUUGCUGCCUUACAGCGCCAGAGGCCUGGGUUAGAUCCUGACUACGGUUACUGUCUGUACGGAGUUCGCACGUUCUCUCUGUGACCACGUGGGUUUUCUCCGGGUGCUCCGGUUUCCUCCCACACUCCCACAUUGAAAAUGAUCCCUAGUGUGUAGGAUAGUGCUAGUGUGCAGGGUGAUCACUGGUCGGCACGGACCCGGUGGGCCGGGUGGCUUGUUUCCGCGCUGUAUCUCUAAACUAAAUCUUUUUUUAAAAAUCGUCUUAAAUAAGAGUUUUGUCGUUUAACCCAGUGCAAAGAAAACAAAAUAAUUCAGCGUAGGGUCAAAUCUUAUAUUUUUUCCACUAAGAAUCGUAGGUUAAUUGGCCCCUGUAAAUUGUCGUUGAGGUGGAGGAUAGAACUAGUGUAUGGGGUGAUCGCUGGAUGCUCACCGGACUCGAUCAGCCAAAGGGCCUGUUUCCAUGCAGUAUCUUUAAACUAAUCUAAACUGGCAAGGCUAAGGUGGCCCGCGCUUGGUGCCUCCUUCUUAUAGAUCAAGGCCUUGGGUUCGGGCCGACAACGAGCUUGAAAGGUGAGGAGAAGCAGUGAGCUGCAGCCUUGCUUGACACCGUCAUAUCUCUCAAUGAUGCCAUCAGCAUGUGCCACAGAGGCAGCGACCGGCCACAUAAAAGUAGAGUUAGUUGAGGGCAAUUUGGAUUGUCCGUGAGGCCAAGAGUGCCGCUGGAGAAAGGUAGAGAGUCCGUGCACCACGUACUAUAGUGGUCCCACCACCGCUCGGUGAGAGGCUGCAGUGAGCUGAGGGGAAAGGUGUGCUCGAGGGAUCUGAUGCUUCUGCCCCUUGAUGGAGGGCCCCUCGGGC